AUGAUUUGGCAGACUUUAUUGGCGGUGGCUUGUAUCACCUUACAGCCAGUUCACAGCGAUACAAGAUAUAGAUUGAAUACAACUAUUGUACCAUCGGCUUACGCGUUAACAAUAACACCAUAUUUUGAUACCAAUGAUGACAGAGCGUUCUCAUUCGACGGCGAAGUAUCCAUCACAUUUGAGACCACGUCAAACAUUAACAAAAUUAAGCUGCAUUCCCAAGACCUAAUUUACACUUCCGCAAAUAUCUCUCUUAAGAAUGGCGAUAAUAUUAUUGGAUUAAAUGAAAGUAAUCCUCUUGAAUUUGAAGAAGAUUACUCCUUUGCUCAUAUCAAUUUGGCUAGUGAUAUAGUAGUUGGGAGUGAAUAUACUCUUAAAAUUGUUUAUCGAGGACCAAUAAGAACAGACCUUAAUGGUUUUUAUAGAAAUUACUAUUUCCAAAAUGGUGUAAAAAAAUGGCUGGGCGCAACACAAAUGGAGCCCACCCAUGCAAGAAAAGUAUUCCCUUGUUUCGACGAACCUGAAUUAAAAGCUGUAUUUACCAUGUCCAUUGAUAGACCUGCGGAAUACAAGCCUUCUCUAGCAAAUACAGAAAUCAUGUCGAACAGCUCAUUGUCUAACGGAUAUAUUCGCGAAAUCUUUUACCCUACGCCGAGAAUGUCAACAUAUCUUGUUGCGUUUCUUGUGUCUGAGUUUGAAGCUGGUUCAUCAAAUGCUUUAGGAGAAAAAGAAUUAGGGAUAUACACCAGGCCCGAUGCUAAAAACCAAACUGAAUAUGCCUUUGACAUUGCGCAAAGAAUUGUAAAAGCACUUGGCGAUUACUUUGGAAUUGAUUAUUAUUCGACUAAUGAUAAAUUAAGGCUUGAUCACGUAGCUUUAACAGACUUUAGAGCUGGGGCUAUGGAAAACUGGGGACUAAUUAAAUACAGGGAAUCUCUUUUGUUGUAUGUUCCUGAAGAAUCUACGCCGUAUUUUAAAUAUAGAGUAGCACAAAUUGUGGCCCACGAAACAACACAUAUGUGGUUCGGUAACCUUGUCACCUGCCACUGGUGGAGCAACACCUGGUUAAAUGAAGGUUUUGCAAACUACUUCCAAGAUUAUAUGACCUCUUUGGUCGAGCCCGAUGUAGCAGCUGAUGAUGCACUGGUUAUAGGUUCUGUUUAUUCAGCUUAUAAUGCCGAUGAUAAUCCAGAUUCUCCUGCAAUCACAAACAAUAAUGUUAAUUCACCAUCAGAAAUAAGUGGACAUUUUGGAACUAUUACCUAUCAAAAAGCUGGAUCCGUCAUAAGAAUGAUGCAUCAUUUAAUAGGCGAUGACGCCUUUAAAUAUGGAUUAAACUCCUAUCUGUCUACUAACCAAUUUCAAUCGGGUUAUCCCUAUUUGUUAUAUUCUGCCUUGGAGAAUGGAGUAAGGAAUUUUACUUCUUUGUCUAAUUACGAAGGUUUUCAAUUCACUGACAUAAUGAGUUCGUGGAUAAGCCAAUCAGGACAUCCCAUUCUGUAUGUGAAUGUUGAUUAUGAGAAUUCCUCGAUUGAAUUAAGUCAGAUCGUCAACGAUUUAUUUGCUUUCCUUUUUGCCGAUGAAGUGAAAUUCGAACUUUUACAUAAUUUACUGCAUUUCCUGUCAAACGAAAAUGAAUAUGCCGUAUGGAACGCAGCUCUGAAAGGUUUAAAUAAACUUCGAAAUUAUUACAUCGGUUCUGAUACAUUGGAUUUAAUAGAUGAAUUUGCUCUGGAACUAAUGGAUGGAGUUAUUUAUAGGAUGGGUUAUGAUGUAAAAUCUACAGAUGAUUUUAAAAUAUUACGUAACAGGAUGCAAAUAUUGGAAUUCGCUUGCAAAAUAGGUCAUCAAGGUUGUAUUGACAAGUCGUUGCAAUGGUUUAAAGACUUAAAGGAUAACAAUAUAUGGAUUCAACCAAGUUUAAGAAGUGUUGCGUAUUGCACUGGGUUAAGAUAUGGAAAUGACGAAGAUUACGACUUUUUAUGGAACAGGCUUGUCAAUACAAAUGUUGCCAAUGAAGCGUGGAUUAUUGCUGAUGUACUGGGUUGUUCCCAAAGGGAAGACAAACUGAAGAGUUACCUUGUGUCCAUGCUACUUGAAAAUAGUCCCAUCAAAACUCAGGAUCUUACGGUACCCUUAGCAAGUGUUCUAACAAAUUAUAGUAAUGUACCACUGUUCGAGAGCUUCCUGUCAUCGUGCAAGGAGUGCAGUGAAGAUGAGGUAGCAAGUGCCAAGAGCUCUUUAGCCAAAGCCAGGGCAGUGACAGCUUGGGCUGAUAAUCAUAGGAGUGACAUUUCAAGCUCUUUGAGUAACGAUGCCGUAACCUCCUCGGCAUCAAUCGCAUUACUUGUUGUUGGCGCUCUUUUAGUUCUGUAUUAA